AUGCUCACAGAACCAAGUUACGAGUUUUUCAAGUCCAAAAAGACUACGCUAGUGCUCGCGCCGUUUUCCGGCGGGCAGGGCCAUUCGGGUGUCGAAGACGGUCCCAAGUACCUGAUGCGUCACGGUAUCAAGGAACAGCUCGAGCAGAUCGGAUGGGACGUCAAGGUCGAAGAACCAUUGCACGGCAAAGAAUACGAAGCGAACAAGAAGGCUGCGGCCGCUUACGAUUUCCAAGGCAAAGUCAAACUGCCCAACAUGGUAGGCGAGGCGACACAACUCGUGUACGAGUCCGUGAAGCGCGCCGCACACAACAACGAACUGCCCGUGACGCUUGGAGGCGAUCACUCCAUCGCCAUUGGCUCCGUCGCAGGCACUUUCGACCGGUAUCCGGACGCGUGUUUGCUGUGGAUCGACGCGCACGCUGACAUCAACACUCCUACGACAACCGGGUCGGGCAAUUUGCACGGAUGCCCCGUGUCGUUUUUGCUGGGACUCGACAGCGAAAACACUCCUGACGCCUUGCGUUGGGUGCCCAAGUGUUUGAAACCCAGCAGGAUCGCGUACGUCGGACUGCGCGACGUGGACGAAGGUGAGAAGAAGCUUUUGCGUGACAAUGGCAUCGCCGCGUUCUCCAUGUACCAUGUCGACCGUUUUGGCAUCAACAAAGUCAUCGAGAUGGCUCUAGAGGCGAUCAACCCUUCAGGCACCGCGCCCGUCAUGCUCUCCUACGACGUGGACGCAAUUGACCCACUUUUCGUGCCCGCGACGGGUACUCCAGUCCGUGGAGGUCUUACACUCAGAGAAGGCCUGUUCAUUGCGGAACGGGUCGCUGAAACUGGCAAACUGGUGGCCCUCGACGUUGUCGAGUGCAACCCGGACCUUGCCAGCAAAGAGCUCCACGUUGUCGACACGAUUUCGACCGGCUGUGCCAUUGUCAGAUGCGCAUUGGGCGAGACGUUGACAUAA